UGCGUGGUGGCCGCGUCCUGAGGCGCGGGGGACGCGCCUGGCGGCGCCCCCGGUCCCUCGGCCGCCUCCUCCGGCGCCUCCCAGCGCCUGCCCGCCGCCUCCCGUCCUCUCUGCCUGCGGCUCGCCCGGCUUUCGGAGCCCGGGGGCGGCCUGUGGCGCGCCGAGCCCGCGCCGGACUGCGCCUCUUUGGACCUUGAAGGGAACCAUGCGUCUGGCUUGGAGCGUUUGAAAUUCUUAGUUUGGGGUGCCCACCCGCCCGCCUGCCUCUUCCCCACCCCCCAUCCCCUUGCGGGAUUUUUUUUUUCUUCUCUUUUUCUCCCUCCGGGUCUCCUUUUUGACUCCCUCUUCCCCCCUUUAUGCUCGCCCAGCCCUCCCCCCGCUGCUGAGAAGUGGGGGAGGGUCUCGGCUCCCAGGUACCCGCCCCACCGGGGCCCGGGCGAGCAUGGGGGGCAAGCAGAGCACGGCGGCCCGCUCCCGCGGCCCCUUCCCGGGGGUCUCCACCGAUGACAGCGCCGUGCCCCCGCCGGGAGGGGCGCCCCACUUCGGGCACUACAGGGCGGGCGGCGGAGCCAUGGGGCUGCGCAGCCGCUCGGUCAGCUCUGUGGCGGGCAUGGGCAUGGACCCCAGCACGGCCGGCGGGGUGCCCUUUAGUCUCUACACCCCAGCCUCCCGGGGGACCGGCGACUCGGAGAGGGCGCCCGGCGGUGGAGGGUCGGCGUCCGACUCCACCUUUGCCCACGGCAAUGGUUACCAGGAGACUGGCGGCGGUCACCAUAGAGACGGGAUGCUGUACCUGGGCUCCCGAGCCUCGCUGGCGGAUGCUCUACCUCUGCACAUCGCACCCAGGUGGUUCAGCUCGCACAGUGGUUUCAAGUGCCCCAUUUGCUCCAAGUCUGUGGCUUCCGAUGAGAUGGAAAUGCACUUUAUAAUGUGUCUGAGCAAACCUCGCCUAUCCUACAAUGAUGACGUGCUGACGAAAGAUGCAGGGGAGUGUGUGAUCUGCCUGGAAGAGCUGCUUCAGGGGGACACGAUAGCCAGGCUGCCCUGCCUGUGCAUCUACCACAAAAGCUGCAUAGAUUCGUGGUUUGAGGUGAACAGAUCUUGUCCAGAACACCCUGCGGACUGACCCUACCGGGUUUGCUUGCCGACUCCUCUCAAAGCUGGACCCUGGCGGGACGCAGCGUCCAGCCCACAGCCAGACGGAGCACGACUCACUCCUUGCGGUCCACACAGGGACAGCAGCCCCUGUCCCCGAGAGGAGGCUCACCGGACACGGGCAGAGCUGAACUUGGGACACCAGUGGGGACAGGGCACACCUUCCGCACCGACUUCCAGGAAGCGGCUCUCCCUCCCUCCCCGAGGACACCAGAAGGGAUGAGAGUGCGUCCGAGAGAAGAGCGAAUCCACCGCGAUCCCUGCCCGCAGCCUGCAGCCUGCAGCCCUCGGCCAGGAGGGCAAAGGGCCUUUUCUUUUUCACCUUUGAAAGGCAUUGUGGGUCUGUCUUUAAAGUGUUUACAAAAAAAAAAUUAUUUAAAAAAAAAUAAGUCUAGUGUCUCCUGGUGUUUCCCCUCGUGAUGUUUACAGAAGGCUGUGUGCUGGCCAGCUGCAAGCUGCUCGGUGAGAGAAAGGGCCCGGCCUGGCCUCCUCGCCAGUGCUGGCGGCCCGAGCACCAGGCCUCUCCGCUGGCCCCGGCCAGCAUCACCCUCUCACCUGCCGCUGCUUCCCAUUUUUUUCCGGCUUGGUUUUGCACUUUUUUCCUCUUGGGACCCCAAAAUCUUUACUUCAUUGCCAAACAACAACAAUAACACAAACCCCCACCAAGGACUCCGGUCCCACCUUACACCAUUUCUUUUCUUCCUCUCCUCCCGGCUCCGGUCAGUUGGGAGCUUUAAGGAUCACAAGUGUCUUGCAAAAAUGCCUGAACGUUUUUCUUGUGCCCUUGUGGAUUUUCUUUUUCCAGGAAACUUAGAGACUUGAAUAAAGAAACAACAGUACAAGCAGCUGUGUUAUCAGGCACUCCAUUGGAGAACACUUAGCCCUUGGCGUUCACACAUGGCGUCGGCCCAUGCCAGAUAGGUUUCUGUAUUUAUAUAUUAAAAUUUAAAAAACAAAACAAACAGAAAAUUUAAAAAAUGUUUAAAAAAAUUGUUCCGAGCUUGGGAGAGAAGCUUUCUUCAUUAGUUGAGGUGUUUUGAUAUGGUAUUAAAAUAAUGUCUAAUGAAAGAUGCACUGUGUGGAUUUAUUUGAAUGAAGCAUUGUUAACACUGUCCAGGAAUGGGGCAGAGGCUGAUCUCCCGCUCCCGCCUGCACCUCCCUCCUGAGCAUCCCUUCCGGCUCCCCCGUGGGGCUGCAGGUGUGGCACAUAGCUCUCCCGGGGCUGGAGGAGCCAGGGUGAGCAUAGGUCAGCCGCAGGAGCCGAAUGACCCUCGGAAGUAAGCACCACGCAGCCAGCUUGCUGCCAUCGUAGUGGCUGUGGAGAGGUGCCACCAGGAAGAUGUGCGGGGCCACUGGCCUCACAGCCACCUGCCACCCCAUCCCAAGUCCCACAGCCCUGCCUGUUGCUGUCUGCAUCUCCGUGCUGACUCACGGGCCUGCUCCAUCGGGGCCCAGGAAGAGGCCCGGGUUUGGGGCCCAGCCAGCUCAGAGCCCUUGAACCAGAACCAGCCGCUCCAGCUCACAAAAAUUGGCAGUGCCAGCGGGAACUUCAGGGGAGGGGAGGGGCAGAAGCGCAUGCCUGGCCCCGUCUCUGGCCAGACAGGCUCCCAGGGGGCAUUCCAGGGCCUCCUUCACAGCCUGCGAAGGAAAGCUCUGGAGGGAGGUGACUCCACACAUUCGUUACCGUGUUCUUGCUAGACCUGCCCUUUGAGCUGAGGGCUCAGGGUGCCACCAGGUCCAAGGGUCUAGGCCAUCCCUGCUGCACUGGUCUCUGGCUCCACAGUCAUCUCCCUCAGAUGCUUCCUGAAGUACCUGGCGUGUGCAAGGGCCUUCACCCCACAACAGCAGGCAUGCAUGAGCCAAGGCAGACAGGCAAGCACACAGCAUCUGAGAAAUACUGAAGUUCAAGGGGCUCAGCCUCCAGCUCACAUCAGCCCACAACAGAAAGCCCAGGCUCUGUUGACGCCGUCAUGAGAAGGGAUGGCAAGAAUGUGGGCUCCGAGAGGUUGCAUCUGGGCUCCUACUUCCCUGCAAGAAUGACCUGGGAAAAAGGACUUGAUUCAUCUGAACUUUGGCAUCAUGACACGUGAAGCAAAGACAACAGCACGCAGCCCAGCAGAACCCCAAGGGUCGGGGCACCUGCCCUGAAGGCCUAGCACUUGCACAGUAGGCUCCCUGGUGGCUCUGUCACCGCAAAGGGCACCGUUCUAUUCACAGCACCUCUCGCUUCUGCCUGGCAACUGUGUCUCCCUGUUCUAUAUUUAAUUCCACCAGCAAAGCUGGCGGGGCAGGGCCCAGCUCUGAAGAUCUCCUUGCCUGACCCCUGGACCCGGAGACAGAGACCAUGCACACACCCACCUUGGAGGCUGUUGGUUCAAGCCCGGCCACUAUGGCAGAGCCACCAGUGACCGAGUGGCUGUUGAAUUGUGUGGGGCAAGGCCGUGGCCCACACUGGGUGCUAAUCCAGGCUUUUGGGGGCUGGUGCUCAUCCUCCCAAUCCCCACCCCCGCUGACUUCUGCUCCCGCCUGGCACAGUGCAGCCCUCUGCUGGCUGUCACGUCCUCUGAACUUGACCCAGGGUGGGACUGGCUGUCUGGGCUGGUGCUUCUCCCUCCUCCUCCUGCUCCCCACCCCCCACAAGGCUCCCUAUACUGUUCCUGCCCUGCCCUUCUAGGGGAAGAUGACUUGGUGGAGCGGGCAGAUGUCUGCAAGGGCCCAGCUCGCUUUUCUGGGGUUCCUGGACAGGAACUCCUCACUGAGACCAUACAUCUAAUAGCCAUUUAACUGCUGUUGGGGUUUAUAGGAGAAUGUCCUUAUUCUUAGGAGAUGGAUGCUGAAUUAUAUAGGCGAAUGAUUUUAAGAAACAUGUAAUCAAAUUCUGAAUGAUUUUCCCUACCCCCUUGCAAAGAAAAGUACACACACAAAGCAAAUAAGGCAAAAUAUUCAUUGUUUGAAUUUGCAGUGGCUGCUUGUUUCCGUGAAUGGUGUACUUGUUCUUUCAACUUUUCUGUAUGUUUGGAA